UGUGCAUUGUUCCAAUAACGAGUACAGCAGCUGCAUCCUCGGCAGACGGUAACGAUCGGAGUGGAUCUCUCUCUCUAGGAGUCUAGAACCUUUCGGUGUAGUGUCCACCCUGUGUGCCAGAUCGAACGGACUAAAACGCGAUGAAAGUAUUUGCAGUGAUAAGUGUGCUGGCGGUGGUUGUAUCCGCGCGGCCAGAACCACCGGCAUCCGGCGGUUACCCAUCGUAUUCUGCGCCAUCAUUCAGUUCGGCCGGUGAUCUAGGAUCAUACCCAGCUAGCCAGUCUCAAGGAGGCGGAGGCGGAUACAACUAUCAGCCCGCAACCCAGAUUGUGCAGAAGCAUAUCUACGUGCACGUGCCACCACCGGAGAAGGAAGAACCCAGCUAUCCCCGGGUAAUCCAAUCGGGAACACCCCAAAAGCACUAUAAGAUCAUUUUCAUCAAGGCGCCGACGCCGCCGCAACCAAAGGCUCCAAUAAUCCCUCCACCACCACAGAACGAAGAGAAGACCCUGGUCUACGUGCUGCACAAGAAACCCGAGGAACCGGAGGAGAUCAUUCUGCCGACACCACCACCAACCAAGCCCAGCAAACCGGAAGUCUAUUUCAUCAAGUACAAAACCCAGAAGGAGAAGAAGCCCGAAUAUGGCCCACCGAAGCAGGAAUACGGUGCCCCGUCGGGUGGAUCCGGACCGUACUAGACGAGAACUUUUGCUGGAUGGUGAUAUUCGUCCUGACGAUACUGAAGCAACCCUACAAAUAAAACUGCCGAGAUAGGUGCGAAUGUGCGAGCGUGAGAGCGAGAAUGAAUCACACUUUUUCUGAAUCGUUUUUAGUCAGUAAGGAAUGAAUAUUCGAAACUGCAAACGUUUUGGUUCCAGCAAAACCGUUUUGCAGCUUCCGCGCUUUUUAUGUGUAUAUAGGACCUAAUUAAUCCUAUGCAAGCAUCUGUCCUUAGCGAGCCAUAGUCGAUUCAUCUUAUUAUGUUAUUUAUUACGUUAUUACAAACAAAUACGCAUAUCUAGUUGAAGUGAAGAAAAUUGAACGGUGACAAAUUUAAAAAAAAAUCUCCUGUGUUUAA